CCCAACAGGUGGAGCCAUCAGAACCCCAAACCCAGGCAGCCUGAGGCAGAGUUUCACCUGCCUUUUCCACUCAGCACUCGGAUCUAUGUCUAAGUUUUAACUCUUGCUUACAAAGACUACGAGAAUUCCUUCCGCAAAACCAAGCAGCCCUCCAGCCCCGCGCAGCCCCAGCCUGCCUCCCACCACCCAGCUGCCCGCAAUGCCCUCCAGCGGCCCCGGGGACACCAGCAGCUCCACUCUGGAGCGGGAGGAGGACCGCAAGGAGGGAGAGGAGCAGGAGGAGGCACGUGGCAAGGAGGAGCGUCAGGAGCCCAGCACAACUGCCCGGAAGGUGGGGCGGCCUGGGAGGAAACGCAAGCACCCCCUGGUGGAGAGCAGUGAUACACCCAAGGACCCUGCGGUGACCUCUAAGUCCUUGUCCAUGGCCCAGGACUCAGGCCCCUCAGAGCUGUUACCCAAUGGGGACUUGGAGAAGCGGAGUGAGCCCCAGCCAGAGGAAGGGAGCCCUGCUGGGGGACAGAAGGGUGGUGCCCCAGCAGAGGGAGAGGGUGCGGCUGAGACCCCACCUGAAGCCUCCCGAGCUGUGGAGAAUGGCUGCUGCACCCCCAAGGAUGGCCGAGGAGCCGCUGCAGAAGGCAAAGAACAGAAGGAGACCAACAUCGAAUCUAUGAAAAUGGAGGGCUCCCGGGGCCGGCUCCGGGGUGGCUUGGGCUGGGAGUCCAGCCUCCGCCAGCGGCCCAUGCCGCGGCUCACCUUCCAGGCGGGGGACCCUUACUACAUCAGCAAGCGCAAGCGGGACGAGUGGCUGGCACGCUGGAAAAGGGAGGCUGAGAAGAAAGCCAAGGUGAUUGCAGUAAUGAAUGCUGUGGAAGAAAACCAGGGGUCCGGCGAGUCUCAGAAAGUGGAGGAGGCCAGCCCUCCUGCAGUCCAGCAGCCCACUGACCCCGCAUCUCCCACUGUGGCCACCACACCUGAGCCUGUGGGGGCUGACGCUGGGGACAAGAACGCCACCAAAGCAGGCGAUGACGAACCUGAGUACGAGGACGGCCGGGGCUUUGGCAUUGGGGAGCUGGUGUGGGGGAAACUGCGGGGCUUCUCCUGGUGGCCAGGCCGCAUUGUGUCUUGGUGGAUGACUGGCCGGAGUCGAGCAGCUGAAGGCACCCGCUGGGUCAUGUGGUUCGGAGACGGCAAGUUCUCAGUGGUAUGUGUUGAAAAGCUGAUGCCACUGAGCUCCUUCUGUAGUGCUUUCCACCAGGCUACCUACAACAAGCAGCCCAUGUACCGCAAAGCCAUCUAUGAAGUCCUGCAGGUGGCCAGCAGCCGUGCUGGGAAGCUGUUCCCAGCAUGCCAUGACAGCGAUGAGAGCGACACUGCCAAGGCCGUGGAGGUGCAGAACAAGCAGAUGAUCGAGUGGGCCCUUGGAGGGUUCCAGCCCUCUGGCCCCAAGGGCCUGGAACCACCAGAAGAGGAGAAGAACCCCUACAAAGAAGUUUACACAGACAUGUGGGUUGAACCUGAGGCAGCUGCCUAUGCACCACCCCCACCAGCCAAAAAGCCCCGAAAGAGCACAACUGAGAAGCCCAAGGUCAAGGAAAUUAUUGAUGAACGCACAAGAGAGCGGCUGGUGUACGAGGUGCGGCAGAAGUGCCGGAACAUCGAGGACAUUUGCAUCUCUUGUGGGAGCCUCAAUGUCACCCUGGAACACCCUCUCUUCAUCGGAGGAAUGUGCCAAAACUGCAAGAACUGCUUCCUGGAGUGCGCGUACCAGUAUGAUGACGACGGCUACCAGUCCUACUGCACGAUCUGCUGUGGGGGGCGUGAGGUGCUCAUGUGUGGGAACAACAACUGCUGCAGGUGCUUCUGCGUGGAGUGUGUGGAUCUCUUGGUGGGGCCAGGGGCUGCCCAGGCAGCCAUUAAGGAAGACCCUUGGAACUGCUACAUGUGCGGGCACAAGGGCACCUACGGGCUGCUGCGGCGACGGGAAGACUGGCCCUCUCGGCUGCAGAUGUUCUUCGCCAAUAACCACGACCAGGAGUUUGACCCUCCGAAGGUUUACCCACCUGUCCCAGCCGAGAAGAGGAAGCCUAUCCGGGUGCUGUCUCUAUUUGACGGAAUUGCUACAGGGCUUCUGGUGCUGAAGGACUUGGGCAUUCAGGUGGAUCGCUACAUUGCCUCGGAGGUGUGCGAGGACUCCAUCACUGUGGGCAUGGUGCGGCACCAGGGGAAGAUCAUGUACGUCGGGGACGUCCGCAGCGUCACACAGAAGCAUAUCCAGGAGUGGGGCCCAUUCGACCUGGUGAUUGGGGGCAGCCCAUGCAAUGAUCUCUCCAUCGUCAACCCUGCCCGCAAGGGACUCUACGAGGGCACUGGCCGGCUCUUCUUUGAGUUCUACCGCCUCCUGCAUGAUGCGCGGCCCAAGGAGGGAGAUGACCGCCCCUUCUUCUGGCUCUUUGAGAAUGUGGUGGCCAUGGGCGUUAGUGACAAGAGGGACAUCUCGCGAUUUCUCGAGUCCAACCCUGUGAUGAUUGAUGCCAAAGAAGUGUCAGCUGCACACAGGGCCCGCUACUUCUGGGGGAACCUUCCUGGUAUGAACAGGCCGUUGGCAUCCACUGUGAAUGAUAAGCUGGAGCUGCAGGAGUGUCUGGAGCAUGGCAGAAUAGCCAAGUUCAGCAAAGUGAGGACCAUUACUACAAGGUCGAACUCCAUAAAGCAGGGCAAAGACCAGCAUUUCCCCGUCUUCAUGAAUGAGAAAGAGGACAUCUUAUGGUGCACUGAAAUGGAAAGGGUGUUUGGCUUCCCUGUCCACUAUACCGACGUCUCCAACAUGAGCCGCUUGGCGAGGCAGAGACUGCUGGGCCGGUCGUGGAGCGUGCCGGUCAUCCGCCACCUCUUCGCUCCACUGAAGGAAUAUUUUGCUUGUGUGUAAGGGACAUGAGGGCAAACUGAGGUAGUGAAAAAACGUUAAACAAACAAACAAAAAACACAAAACACAACAAAACACCAAGAACAUGAGGAUGGAGAGAAGUAUCAGCACCCAGAAGAGAAAAAGGAAUUUAAAACAAAAACCAGAGGCGGAAAUACCGGAGGGCUUUGCCUUGCGAAAAGGGUUGGACGUCAUCUCCUUGAUUUUCCAAUGUUAAUCUUUAGUCCUAUUUAAAAACAACACCAAGUUCCCUCUCCCCCCUCCCCCCCUUUUUUUUUGGUCAAACCUUUUGUUUUCUACUCUUUUCAGAGGGGUUUUCUGUUUGUUUGGGUUUUUGUUUCUUGCUGUGACGGAAACAGAGGGUUUAUUGCAGCAGAAAUCAUGGUAACAAAAAAAUAGUAACAAUACCUUGCAGAGGAAAGAUAAGAGAGGAGGAAAGAAGGAAAUUCUAUAGAAAUCUAUAUAUUGGUAUUGGAUUUUUUUUUUUUUUUUUUUUUAUAUAUCUUUUUGUUGUUGUCUCUAGCCUGAUCAGAUAGGAGCACAAGCAGGGGACAGAAACUAGAGAGACACUCAGGAGGCAGAGUUCCCUCCCAGCCACUGAGCUGUCUUGCCAGCACCAUUCCUGGUCAUGCAAAACAGAACCCAACUAGCAGCAGGGAGGCGAGGACACCACACAAGACCCUUUUAUACAGUAUUUCAGGUGCCUACCACACAGGAAACCUUGAAGAAAAUCAGUUUCUAGAAGCCGCUGUUACCUCUUGUUUACAGUUUAUAUAUAUAUGAUAGAUAUGAGCUAUAUAUAUAAAAGGUACUGUUAACUACUGUACAACCUGACUUCAUAAUGGUGCUUUCAAACAGCGAGAUGAGUAAAAACAUCAGCUUCCACGCUGCCUUAUGUGCAAAGGGUUCUAACCAAGGAUGGAGAGAGGGAGAUAGCUUGGAGGUGAAUUGUCAUCAAGGCGGGCUUUUUCCCCUUGGUGUUCAACGAGGUGAAGGAGAAUUUGGGAACAGCGUUUCCCUGCUUCUCCCUGCCAAAAAGGGGGUGAGAUGAGGUGGUCGGGACCGUGGACAGCUGAGAGCGGGAUUCAUCCAGGAUCACGCAAUAACCUUUUGACUUUUUUUUUUUUUUUUCAAAAAGGAGACUCCCUCAACAAGAUGUCAGGAUGAGGGGUCUUCAUUCCAAGUUUCUCACAUUAGCCGAUUUGAGGGCUCCUCGUGGUGGGAUCAGAAAUAAUCCAGAGUGUGGGAAAGUGACAGUUCAAACCCCACCUGGAGCAAAUAAAAAAACAUACAAAACGUACUGGUGCUUUCCUGUCUAAAGUCGCCUUUUGUGUGUUCUUUUAUGAGGCCCCACCAUCCACCCUCUGUGCACAAGGUGGCUUCCGGCCCUGGAAUGUGAUGUUUUUGGUCAUCUCCAAAGGCUGCAGUUUUAUACUGGGAGGCUGACGACACCUUUUGUUAUAAUUAUUCUUAUGGUUCUGGUUAUAAUUAUGUUUGUUUUCAGAUUUUUUGUUAAGAACACAAAAACCCAACCCCCAUUCCCUUUAGGUUUCAAACCAAGGUGCGGGGAGCAGGGUGCUUCUAAGUUAGCGGUGGCCCUGGUGCCCUGGCUCCCUACCCCUCGGGCCAGGUGGGCCACCAGGCGCAGCGACAGCUGGGCGAUCCGGGAAUCUGUCCCCAAGGCCCGCCUUCCGGUGCGUCCCUCUUCUCUUCUACUUCCCCUCCUCUGGAGUCAUGUGUGUCAGGGCUGGAGGGAGGACUGGCCGUCUCUCCGUGUGUGUGAUUGGAGUGGUGUGUAUUUCUUUUUAGUGCUUUGGUCUGAUGAUAGCUGUGCUCUUACCUCGAGUCAGCAGCACCUGGAGCCCCAAGUGCACAACACUUGGUUUCACUUCCUACCGAGGCAAGCAGCCUGGUGUUGGCGGUAGGCGGGAACGGCAUUGGCGGCUCCAGGGUGAGGGCCCAAUGGGCAGAUACUUGCCUGGAUAGAUGGAGUGUAGAUAUGUGGCAUAUAGAGAUAUAUAUUUUAUAAUGGGAGGGGGGAUAGCACCUCCUGGGACCGGCAGUGCCGGGAGGUGUGCUGUCAAGCACAUAGUCCCGAGUUCGCAUCCCUAGAAACAGGGCCUAUGGUGAUAGGCGCUAUAUAAAUAGAUAGGGUCAUGUAUAAGAAAUAUUAUGUAGUGGGGAGCGGGGGAAGGGGGCUCAGGAUGCUGAGCCUCGGGUCCCGCCGCAGACAUAAGCCCCACAUCAAUCAAUCAAUCCCACACGCAUACGCAGGAACAUUUCUAUCCCGAUGCAUAGUGAAUGCACACACAGCCGGGGAGCGCCGCUUGCGACUCUUCCCAGGAUUCAGGACUUUGUGGAGUCGGCCCUGCAGCUCUUUACCUCUGUUGCCCUGAUUGCAGGUAGACUGUCAGUCCCAGAAGUUGCUAGGUGCUGAAGGCAGGAAGAGGAGGAGGAUUAUUUAGCAGGUGCUCUCCUCUAGCAGGUAGCGUUCUCUCUCUUUUGCCCCUGGUGAUGUCAAAAGAUUCUUCUGUUAGCAACUGUGAUACUGACCUGCAACUCUAGGCACCAGUCAAGUCAGCCCUCAACUCCCCCUACCUAUUCUCCCCCCACCAAAAUACAGUUCACAUCCGGGUCUGUCUUGGCCAAGGGGCUUCCAUUUAAAAAAAAAAAAAAAAAAUGGGACAGUGACCCUCAUGUUUUGAAUAAAGCAAAUUAGUAAUUGGUGACAAAAUUAAACCGAGGCUUUGAAUCCCUUGCUCAUUGCUCUGGCUAAGCUCGCAGCCAGUAGCCAGUGUCCUCCUUUUAGGGGUGCUUAGUUCUGGACCCUAAUCUACUCAUUUCCUUGUCAGAUUGGCCCUGAAGAUCACACCCAGUUGCUUCCUGCCAGCUCUGUGACAUGGUGGCAGGUGGUAAUGGUGGGCCCCCAGGGGGCUGGAGUGGCCAGGAGGGGGGGAUGCCUUUGCCCCUCCCUCUCUGGAGUCCCUGUACCUGACUGGUGCUCACCCUGUCCCCUUGUGCUCCAGCUGGCUCCAUCUCCCUGGCCUGGAGACCACCAGCACCACUCUAGGAGGGCUGGGGGGAGGAGGGCUGUCUCAGGUAGCCCAAGGUGCUCCCUCCCCCACUGGCCAGUGCGCUAAGGUCUUCCCAGCCCCCAGUGUCAGGACAGCCUGGGCCUUCCUCUGCAAACACUCAGCAUUUGGGGCUCUCCUAGGCCUUUGUCCACUGCUCAUGUGAAGUUUUCCUUUCCCAAUGGCUCAAGCUCCACCCCAAGGGGUGGUGUGGGGAAGAGGCUUGGCAGCCAAGGAUGUGGCAAGCCUGAGGAUUAGCAGGCCAGCCCGCUUGCUCAGAGAAGGUUCGCUGGGGCUGAUUCUUAAGAGCACUUGUUCCAGCCUAGCAACCUGACGAGGCCCUAGAAUGGACUAGGUGCCCCUCGCAGAGAUGAGAGUUAACGAUCACCAACCAACCUGUGGGGUCAGUCCCACAAUAGAACUUGGUGGGUGCAGGGGACCUUGGGAACAUGCCCACUUGGCCUUGCCAGGGUGCUCUUAAUCUACUCCCAACCAUAGGGGCACUUCUGGGGACAGGUCAUCUAAAGGGGAGCUGUGCUCCGACAGGCAGAACCAUUCAAGGAGUAAGGUGGGGGUGAUUGCGCUAGCUGUGGAUGAGGCUGAGGGUGGAACAGUGGAACAGGAGAAACCAAAAAGGCCCAGGGAAGAUUUUGGGGUAUGUUCCCAGUGGGAUUUUCUUUCUAAAGAGCAGGCCUGUUUACCCCUGAAAGCGAGGGCUUCUAGAGACUGAGGAUGAUGCCUCCUUAAUUACUGCAGGUGCCAAGUGGACUGUGGUGCCAAAGAGGUCUGGGGGAGGUAGCUGGGGCUCAUGCCAGGGUGGCGGAGCCCUUGGUUGCCUGUCUGAGGAGGAAGCUAGUCUCCAACAGGCAGCUGCUGAGCCCGUGGGCCUCAGGCUGGCUGGUGCUAACGCCUUUCCCCGUGGAACCUGCUGGAAAACAGUAAGCUGGGGGAGCAGCAUUGGAGGAUUUGCUGUUGGCAGAUGACAUUAGUGUGUUACUAUCAGUUUUUUUCUCCAGACCCCAGAACCUUCUUGCUGUUGGACAUUCUGUUAGCAGACUUCUCAGGAGAGCAUCCAGGACUUCUUAGCUUUUGGGACAGGCUUGGGAGUGGUUGGCUAGUGGAGAUGCCUGUGUGAUUUUUGGCCGAUCAUUAAGGUGCAGAUGGGGACAGGCAGACCCAGUGGGCAGGAAGACUGUUGGACUUUGAACUAGUCUAACGAAGACAGGCUCCCCGCUCUUCCUGCUUAGCUGGCAAUUCUGGGGAAGCCUGGAUGGGAGGGAGGCACCAUCUCCAACACAGGAAGGUCUGUAACUGGAGCAGAGAGGAACCAUCUGGGAAAAAUACAGGAAAACUGGAACCGGUAGUCUCCAUACCUUUGAUUGUAUAUGUGAAGUGGAUCCUAGAGACGUUUUGAACUGUCGCUGUCCUGCUUGGUGCAGAGUUGCUGUGGCACUGGUAUCUCUUAGAGGUGUCGUUUUCAGGAAACUUACAGGAGCCCCUUGAGCUGUGGGCUCGGGCCUGGGGCCUGACUGGCACUGAGGUCUGAAGAGGGCAGGGCUCUUUCCCUUGUCAGGGCAGUAGCAGAGCCACGGUUCUGCUGAGAACUGAGUUUCUAGCCACGCCCCAUUUUGAUCCAAGAGGUAAGGAAUCUGAAUUUAUCAUCUGUUGUCCAAUCUAGUUGCUCCCAGUCCUUGUGAUUAGAGGGGACCCUGGAGCUGUCCUGCCCUCUGGCUGGAAGCAGCUGAAGCCCCUCCUACCCCAGGAUGGGACAGGUGUGAUGGAGGGCUGGCCAUUUCCUGCUGACAAGUGUUUGGAGGCUCUGGGAAGAAAGCAUAGGUGAGGAUGGACUCCACUGUUCUAGCAGAAGGUCUCAAAUCUUUACAUCUUGGUAAAGAAAGGCCGGGGUCUUUGGGAAGCGAGGGCAGCCCGUCCUGCACCUGUGUGUUGCAGAGACCCAGUGAGGUGGCCUUUGGUUGGUGACCUCUUGCUUCUCGCUGACUCUAGGCAGUGGAGUUUGGGGGAGGGCCGCAUACCAGGUCAAACGCAGUGAAGACAAGGAUGGAGGGUCCCUUUUCUAGUCUUGACUGGCCAAAUUGCCCGGAGGCCCAAGGACUCCUGAAACUGGAAAACUCCCCCCAUGCGCUCCCUCGAGGGACGCAGGAGGGCGGCUUUCUCAAACCCCGGUCUAGCGGCCUCCAGCCCGAGCCUGAGGAAAUGAGCAGGGAUCGAAAGCCUCACCUUAGUCCCAUUUCACUUCGCAGACUGAUUGGGUUGCACAGCCCUAGAAUCCAACAACAACCACCCCAAAAAGAAAAUGCCGAAAUUCCUUAGAAUACGCAGAGGGAGGAGGUGACUCAACAAGGUGCUAAAACAUUUUAUUAAAAAUAUAUAUUGUUAAAUUAAGUCUGCUGUCUGGACAAUGACUGUUUGUUUUGUUUUCUUGUAGUGGAGUUUAAAAGAGACUAUUAUUUUACUCUGAUAUAUUAUUAUUAAAAAGGCAUUUUAACUUUGUACUUGAAAACUAAAUGAGCGAUUUCAUGUGUUUUAGCUGAGGCAUUGAAGUAGCGGGUGCUUACUUAUUUGUGGGAAAUCAUGUAUUCAUGCUGAAGAAUAAACUCCGUAGCCGAUUUGGGAAUAACUUUUACUGUUACAGACGAUUUCGCUUUGACCCCGUUGGCAGAGCACUUUCACUCCACAUUCCACGCAGCUAAACGCAGGACUUCCUCCCCGACCCGACCCUCCCCAGCCCCCUCCUUCCCUUUCUCUUCAGUUCCUCUUUGUUUCUUUCAUAUUUUUUUUUCCUGGUUCCAGCAUCCUUUCACCACUGUAUUUUUUUUUAGGGUUGCUUCUCUAUUUAUUGACAAUAAUAAUGUACAUUUCACAGUCUGGUUCUGGGGCAUCCGGGCGGGGCACGUGCGAGGGGCCCGAGCGGGUCCCCAGCCCAGCCCCCGGUGUUCUGUUGUAUCUCUGUGUGUGAUGCUCGUGACAUAGCUGUUUAUGAAAUAAUUAAAGAGGUCAAUGCGUACAGCAGAUGUAGAAAGUCUGUCAGUUCCGCCUUCAUCACAUUUUUUGUGCCCAGAAGAAUAUAAUAAAGCUCCUUUCUAAUGUACUUGUGCUGGAGAACACUUGAAUAAAUGGACUGUUUUUGUGCAAAAAGAAAAAUGGAAAAA